AUGUGGACCCUGAAGGACAAGUGUGAAGGCGCUUAUGACCCGUACCAGCUCCUGAACGCCGCCUCCUCCCGGUUGGUGGCCCAAGGCUCGGGGCAGAUCCAGCUGUGGCAGUUCCUCCUCGAGCUGCUCGCUGAUUCGUCCAACGCGCCGCUCAUCUGCUGGGAAGGGACCAAUGGCGAGUUCAAGCUCGGCGACCCGGACGAGGUGGCGCGCCGGUGGGGCGAGCGGAAGAGCAAGCCCAACAUGAACUACGACAAGCUCAGCAGGGCGCUCAGGUACUACUAUGAUAAAAACAUCAUGACCAAGGUGCAUGGCAAGCGUUACGCCUACAAGUUCGACUUCCACGGGCUGAUGCUGGCGUGCCAGGCGCAGGCGCAGGGGGGCGCGGGGGCGGGGGCCGGCGGCCUGGGAGGCCCCGCCCUCGGCUCGAGCCCGCUCAGCGCGUCCACCCUCGGCGCCAGCCCCCUGGGCGGCAGCCCCCUGGCCUCGUACCCGUCCAAGUACCAGCACCACCCGGGCGACCUCGUCGGGUAUCCGCACAAGCUGCAGGCCGCGCGGAUGGGGCAGCCCUCGGGUCACUGCGGCCACCCACCGUUCCACCCCCACCACCCGCACCCGCACCACCCCGCCCACCACCAGGCCAUGGCGGCGGCCGCGGCGGCCGCUGCUGGCGGCAUCCUGUUCCCGGGGCCUCCGCCGCCCCCGCCCUACUGGGGCCACUACUCCAUGCAGAGGUACGCGGCCCCCACGUCACCCUCCCCGCCCCCGCCCGCACCGCAGCCCCCUGCUCCGCCAUCCUAAUUCUCUUGUUUAGAUGUUUGUUAGUGUAAGCUACCCCGAAGAUCUCGUCGUCUUGCUGAAUAGGUAGGAGGGCAUUCUGCUAUUGUGAGCAUAUUGCUGGUUUAUAUUUUAUUUAUUUGUUCUCAAAUUGGAGUUUUGUGUUGCGUAGGAUGCGGAAUGUUAUCCUGACAUCCUACUUGACUACAGAAGCAUUUAAUAUGCAUCCUUCGAAUGUACAAAUUAAUUUUUAUGAUUUCAAGGCAUUUUGUGAAUUGGUGGUGAUUUUAAAGGCGAUUUUAGAAACGUUGCAAGUCAGACUUUUAGAGUUUUUACUUCACUGACAUAUAUUCCUAUUGUUCCCUUAGCACAUUUUUAAAAUGGUGUAGGUAGGGCAGCACUGAAAACAAUUUUUAGUAUAACUUAAGCCAACGUGCAUACGUAUGCAUGCGCAGGUGCAAGCGAGACGUGAGAAUCUAUACUCCAGGUCCUAACUAGUAAGUCACAGAAAUGUAUCAACCAGUAGCUGUUUCUCAGGAUGACUACAUUCCAUUCCUGUAAAGCCUUUUCUUUAGUAAACUUUGUUUUGUGAUUAUAGAACUUUUUAUUAUUGUUAGAAACAUUGUGAUGCCGAUAUAUAUUAAGAGAAAAUAGUUUUUAAUUUCGACCGUACUAAAAUUGUUUGGGCAAUGGUGUUGUGUUCAAUGAAAACAGUCGAAUUGUUGAUUGUGAAACAGAUGUUACUUUUCUUAAGUAGAAUGAAUCAGAACUAAGUGCGUACAACGUUUUUAUCUUUUUCCUGUACUCACUAAAAUUGUACUUUUCUUUUUAAGUGAUGUUUUGUAAAACUUCGUUAAUAACUAUUGUUACAAAAAUAUAACACUUUCGUUUUGUUUUCCUUAUCACUGUCCUAACAAACAUUGGUGAAAAAGCGAAAUCUGCACCCAGAAGAAGGGUUCCUGUUUCAAACAGGGAUCCGAUACUUAACACGUACCUUCACGUUCUUUGACGACCUACAACACUA